GUAAACGUCAGACAGCACGUAGAAGAGUUGUUAUCACACCGCUACAAAAACGUACAUUACUUGUUAAAGAAGAAGAAGAAGAUUGUCAUGGUUCUCGAAUCGUUAGUUCCAAGUUUUGUUUUAGUUUACUGUAUUUUAUGCUACCAAAACAACAUGGAACACUUUUCCUGUACUACUUAUCAAAUUGAUAAACACUACAAUGAAAUGACUCAAGAAAGUGCACUGUGUACAGGUGGUUUAACUCUACCCAUUCCCCUCCCAAAUAAAAGCUGGGAAGGACCUUAUUCAAAAUGUGUAGAUGUUAACUUAACAACAGUACCUAAAGCUGCUUCGAGAUGCAAUCUUAACAGCGUCACAAAGUCAAAUUUCGAAGCACAAUGUUUAGAUCCGCUUGGGCGUGGUCACGAGUAUAAAUGUGUUCCCCUUAAUGGGCGCUGGUUGUUUUAUCCAGAUGAUCCUGACUUUCCCAGUUAUACAGUGUUUAUCCUUUAUGUUGUUUUUUGUGUGCUAUGUUGUGUCUUAACAGUAGUUUUAAACCUUUUGAAUAUAUUUUUAUUCAUGAAGUCGAAAAAGCUUCAGUCAUGUAAAACUCUCGUAUACGCGUGUCACAUGACUUUCAUUGAUUUAUUGAUUGGGGCUGCUCAACUACCACUGUACAUCGUUCUGGUUUUUCAUUCAAACGAGUAUUCAUUUAAAGGGAAUGACAUCAUAUCAUAUAAAAAGGUGAAGCUGCUCGACGACUGGUACAGCCGGUUAGAUUUGUUGCUUCUAGCCGCAUCAUUUAUAAACUUAGCAUUAUUAUCCAUUGAAAGAUGUUUAGCUGUUAUCAAACCAUUCUGGCACAUGAGUAAAUUAACACUGAGAAAACUUCUUUUGUCGGUUCCGGCAGUUUGGAUGUAUUCGUUAGCUGUCUUCUUUGUGUAUUACUACGCAGUGAACAAAUCUUUCUUAUUUUCCUUUUUUGCAGGAUUUUUAUUUCCAACUUUAAUUAUGACAACAUGUUACAUGUUUAUCAUAUAUAAAAUGAAAAUAACAAGUAAAAUAGAAGGAAAUAAAACAAAAAACAGUAAAAGAAACAUCGAAAAUAAAGUUACAAGGAACUUGAUAGUGUUGAUCGCGUUAUUUCUAUUAUCAUGGUUACCCUACUUUAUAACAAUGCUGCUGCAUCGCCAUAAAUUUUACCGACAUUAUGACAGCGUCGUAGUAAAGUCGGCGAUUCGUUGGACCAAGUUAUUAUCAUAUUGUCACUGCUUUUUCGAUCCUAUUCUGUAUGCAUUCUCCAGACCAGAUAUACGAAAAGAGUUGGUAAAAUUGUAUACCGGGCGUGAUAUCACAAGAGAGGAAUCAAUUAAAAAAAUGAAAAUGACGAGAACAACAAGCCUCGGGUUAACCAAUAUUGCAAGUUUUAAGUGAAAUCGAGAAGUAUUAAAGUGUAUCUCAUUAUAUAUUACAAAACAGUCAGAUAUUACAUCAACAUGUCGAUUUUUCUGAAGAGUGUUAUCAACAUUGCUGGGUAAAAAGAAACAGUAAAUUAAAAGACACAUUUUCACGUAAAAAGUGCUUUCUAACAUUUUUAACCGCCAAGUGAGCGACAAUGGCUCUUUAUCACGCAACGUACACUUUACACCAGGAUGACAUAAAGUUAUAUCCUCACUAGGCAAAAAAUGAAGCAGCGAAAUUUUUUAAAAACUGUAAGAAAGCAUUGAGUAGUGAAAAAUGGAGUUUAUUUAAUCUUAUCAUGACUUGAUCUCCUCCAGUCAACUUGAGAUGAGGGAAUGUUAUUGUAUUUAUGUACAAAGUAAGGAUUGUUUGAAAAAUAAUCUCUAUAUAAAUGAUAUCCGUAUAUAUUUGUCUGUGUGUGCGCAAAAAGGAAGUCGUGCUACGGGCACAUGAAAUAAGAAACACUAUAUUUUUAUCCUCUUUGUUGUGACAGGCGAAUUAACGUGGAAUUUAAAGGACGGGUUACUGCGAGGUUUUUCCACACUUUAACGACUAUAUUUAAAACUGUUGUCUGUAUCUGCGCCAUUUAUAAAGUACAGACGAACUCAGUGAUUUUUUCACGGGUUAACGACUAUAUUUAUUUCCGUUUUAUAGCUGACACUUGAAAUGCGAUGUAUGAAGUACAUACGAACCCAGUGUUUUUUCCACGCGUUAGCGACUAGUAUACUAAUUAUAAACUAUCGCGAAUUUGAUAGAUGCUUAAAGUUUAAUUUCCAUUCUUCACGAAAAAUACUUUUGCUGACAACUGCAAAUAAAUUCCCGCGCUAUUACAACAGUAAAAAUGUUUUAAAUUGUUUUGUGAUAUAGGAAUCUUUUAUUAAAAUCUCUAUGAACAGUGCAUAUAAAAAAUUCUUACAUGAGCAGCCUUUUAAACAACAUGAUUAACGGUAAGACGUCACAUGCGCAAGAUAUUUAACGCCCACUCUGUUGAACGACCAGCAAGAAGAACAAGAAGCAAAUGUUGAAUUCAACAUAAUAUAUCAAGACGAGGAUGAGGAUGAUUUUGUAGAAAUCUAAGAUAUUGAGAAAAUCUUAAGAAAAUAUAAUUGCUUGUAACUUUCAAUUGUAUUUAAUAAACGCCCACUCUCUAAUUAAUGCCUCUCUCCAAUUAAAGUCCACCCUAAAAUCUAGAAAAAUAAUUAAACGACAAGGGCGUCAAAUAGAGAGAAUACGGUAGUUUCGAACCACAAGUGUAUCAGCUCGAAAACUUGUUAAGCUUUUUAUAGUAGAUUUUUUAUUUGUUGACAAUGUUUAUGCGAGAGGACACGGAUUCAAACGCUAGUCUUCCCUGCUUUUUUAACUUGAAUAAGC